AAAGCCAACCUUCAAGAAAACGCGCAACUCUCUCGGUCCAAAGUCUUCUGACGUCUCUUUGCCGUCUUGCUUUGCGGUUUUACUUCGUCUUUCUUCUUCCUUUCCCUCUCCUCUCUCUCUCUCUCUCUACACAUGCCUUUCCCUCCUACCUCGACGACCUUGUUGUUCUUUCUCCACCUAACUCGCCAAUGAAUUCCCCACAAAACCCACCUCUCUAAAUCCCCAGAAUCCAAUCCAGGAAUCGUUUUCGAAUCCGGGUUUUCCCCCAGAAUCCAAUCCAGGAAUCGUUUUCGAAUCCGGGUUUUCCCCCAAAAGAACCAGCUGCUUUCCCUGCUGGAUCCUAAUGAUCCAGAUCUUAGAAGCUUCAAAAUUCGGGACCACCAAUCCAAAAUCCAAAAAUUGAGUCUUUGGGUUGUUUUCAAUUUCGAUUCCGGCCCCAAAGAUUUCUGCUUUCUUUAAUUUCAGAUGGAUCUUCACAAAAAUUCAAGAGCCGCCGUUCUGGGUUGUUUUCUGAUUCUCUCCACGUUGUUUUCCGAUGCGUCGGCAAACUUGGUGUUCUCCGUUAGCCACAAGUUCAAGGGCCGUGACGGGCGGUCGUUGAGCGAGCUCAAAGCCCACGAUUUCCGCCGCCACGGCCGGAUUCUCGCCGGCUCUGCUUCUGCGGUGGAUCUGCAGCUCGGCGGCAAUGGCCAUCCGUCUGAAACCGGACUAUACUUCGCCAAGCUCGGGAUUGGGUCGCCGUCGAAGGACUAUUUUGUCCAGGUGGAUACGGGGAGUGAUAUCCUGUGGGUCAAUUGCGUAGGCUGCACAAACUGUCCCAAGAAAAGUGACAUCGGCGUGAAGCUCACAUUGUAUGAUCCGAAAAGCUCAUCGACUUCGAGUUCUGUUACUUGUGAUCAGGAAUUUUGCACGUCGAAAUACAACGGUCAACUGCCGGGCUGCCAGCCGGACUUGCUCUGCCAAUACGACGUGACAUAUGGCGACGGAAGUGAGACGGCCGGAUACUUUGUGCAGGACACUAUUCAAUUUGAUGAGGGGACUAAUGGCAGUGUUGUGUUUGGUUGCGGUGCUAAGCAGUCCGGGCAGCUGGGAAAGACUUCCGAGGCGCUUGAUGGGAUUCUCGGAUUCGGGCAGGCAAAUUCGUCUGUGUUUUCCCAGUUGGCUGCUUCCGGGAAGGUGAAGAAACAAUUUGCACAUUGUUUGGACAAUGUCCGCGGAGGUGGGAUUUUCGCCUUUGGCGAAGUUGUGGAGCCCCAAGUGAACAACACAACUCCGUUGGUGGCAAAUCAGGCCCAUUACAAUGUUGUAAUGGAGGCAAUUGAGGUAGGAGGCGAUGUCCUGCAGCUUGCCUCGGAUGUUGGGACGAUCAUCGACAGCGGAACAACCCUGGCCUAUCUACCGCAAGAGGUUUUCGACCCGGUGAUGAAGAAUGUUUUAGCCAAGCAGCCUGACUUGAACUUGCACACAGUUGACGACCAGUUCUCAUGCUUCCAAUUUUCCAGCAAUGUAGACGAUGGAUUUCCAUCGGUGACGUUCCACUUCAAGAAUUCGGCUUCCCUGACGGUUUAUCCCCAUGACUAUCUGUUCCAGCUGAAGGAAGAUGUGUGGUGUUCCGGCUGGCAGAGCAGCGGGCUGAAAUCGAAAGGUGGAGACUCCAUGACGCUUCUGGGAGAUUUGGUGCUGUCGAACAAGCUGGUGAUUUAUGAUCUGGAGAAACAGACGAUUGGUUGGGCCGAUUACAACUGCUCAUCAAGCAUCAAAGUGGGGAACGAGAAGACAGGAGGAGAAGAUACAAUUGGUGCUCAUAAUAUUUCUUCAGCUUCCACUUUUACAAUUGGGAGAUUAAUAUUGACAUUCUUCUUGUUAAUAUCUGCUGUGUUUUAGAUUUUUACUUGAACAAAUAUUGGCCAGCAUUCAUUCUUUUUUGUUGCAUCAUAAAUUUUAUCAAUGAAAUUGUGUGAUUUUACAUCCA